AUGCAAUCCUCUAAUUAUUAUCAACCCAAUCCACAACCGUAUAUGAUGCAAGCACCCAUUGCAGAUGAUACAACUACAGGAGCUGGCGAUGAGGAUGACUCGGAUGGAAGUGGGAGACCUGAUAAAAGAUCUGGUCGAAGAAAGAUUAAGAUUGAGUAUAUUAAUGAUAAAUCUAGAAGACACAUUACAUUUUCAAAAAGAAAGGCUGGUAUCAUGAAGAAGGCGUAUGAGUUGAGUACACUGACAGGCACCCAGGUUUUACUUUUGGUAGUAUCUGAAACAGGACUCGUUUAUACGUUUACUACACCCAAGCUGCAACCUUUGGUAACAAAACCAGAAGGAAAGAAUUUGAUCCAAUCAUGUUUAAAUGCUCCUGAUCCA